CCGUCAGUCCCAGGGGACGAUGAAUUUGCGGAGGUAGACUGCGUUUUACUCACUCUCCCUUCAAGUGGGUUUGAGGUUUUCGUACCAUUUUUUAAGUGCAAGUAGGAGGUGAUGUUAAGCUCCUGGCGCGCACACAGAUGUGUUUCUAAAAGCCUACACUGCGGUAGAAUGAGCGACUCAUUUACGACCUUCUACUAUGACGGAAACUUAAAUUCAGCUGAAUGACUUUAUGGAUUAGCGCGUGCUGGGGAGGACUGGCUAUGUAACUGACACGGGGAUUAAUCAAGCUCGUCCAAACCGCAUCCAUCCAUCUGGAAGGAACGUUAGUCUCUGCAGACUCCGUUCUUCUCCAUUCAUCCGUUACUAUGUAAGACAAUGGUACCAGUUCCUCUGCAAAAACACGCGCGGUUGCUUAGUUUCUGAUGCUUGGCUGUGAAACAAUCUGUCGAUCAGCACCAAAACCCGGUAUUCUCCAUUUCAUAUGGGCGAAGACGAGGAGUGCUCCAGCGCCCCUUCACGCCGCGGAGAAAAUGCAGAGAACGGAAAGAGCGGAGCAGCUCUGGACCCAGAAAGAGAAAAGAGGUAUGCGGAGCUGUUCGAGCAACUGGACUUGAAUAAAGAUGGCAGGGUUGACAUCAAUGAACUGAAGACCGGACUGGCAACUCGUGGUUUACAACUCCGAGAGGCUGAGAAGAUAGUCCUUGAGAGCGACACCAACCAUGAUGGUCUGCUGGAUUUCCAGGAGUUCUCUCAGUACCUCCAGACUCACGAGAAAAGACUCUGGCUCAUGUUCCACAGACUGGACCGUAACAAUGACGGGCAAAUUGAUGUGGGGGAGAUCCAGCACUCACUACAAAAGCUUGGAGUGGAGGUUACCAUGGAACAGGCCUCCAAAAUACUGCAGAGUAUGGACAGAGAUGGGACUAUGACUAUUGACUGGAAUGAAUGGCGUGAUCACUUCCUGUUCAACCCUUUGCACAACAUGGAGGAAAUUGUCCACCACUGGAAGCACUCCCAUAUGUUUGACAUCGGGGAACACCUGACAGUGCCUGAUGAGUUUUCAGAGCGGGAGCGGCAAUCAGGUUUGGUAUGGAGGCAGCUGGUUGCUGGAGCCAUGGCAGGGGCAGUGUCCCGGACAGGAACUGCUCCACUGGACCGUCUCAAGGUCUUCCUGCAAGUACAUGGCUCCACAGCUCGAGAGAUUAAUCUGUGGUUUGGCCUGAGGGGGAUGAUCCAGGAGGGAGGUGUGCUUUCACUCUGGAGGGGAAAUGGUAUCAACGUCCUGAAAAUUGCCCCUGAAUCCGCCAUUAAGUUUAUGGCCUACGAACAGAUCAAGUGGCUGAUCCGAGGUAAUAAAGAGGGGGGCAGUUUAAGGGUACAAGAGAGGUUCAUUGCUGGGUCGCUUGCAGGAGCUACUGCCCAAACUAUCAUCUAUCCCAUGGAGGUGCUGAAAACUCGCCUUACAUUAAGGAAGACCGGACAGUACUCAGGUAUGGCUGACUGUGCCAGACAGAUUCUGAAGACUGAGGGUAUCCGAGCAUUCUACAGAGGAUACCUGCCCAAUACAAUGGGCAUCAUUCCAUAUGCUGGCAUUGACUUGGCUGUGUAUGAGACCCUGAAGAAUGCCUGGCUCCAGAGGUACUGUGUCAACUCAGCAGACCCAGGAGUUUUGGUCCUGCUGGGCUGUGGUACUGUCUCCAGCACCUGUGGCCAGCUAGCGUCAUAUCCCCUCGCUCUCAUCCGGACUCGCAUGCAGGCACAGGCCAUUACUGAGGGUAAACCCAAGCUGACCAUGGUGGGUCAGUUCAAAUACAUCAUAUCUCAUGAAGGUGUGCCAGGUCUGUACCGAGGCAUCACGCCCAACUUCCUCAAAGUUAUUCCUGCUGUCAGCAUCUCCUAUGUGGUCUACGAGCACAUGAAGAAGGUCCUUGGAGUGGUUUACUAGACUGAUGCGACAAACACAACUGUGGAGGCAGAAACACAUUUGUUAGAAGAAGCAGAAGUGGAGAAUUAAGCUUCUCGGGCCUCUGAAGAGAGAAGAUGAAGGAUCAGUGCACCGAUGCCAUAAAACAUUUGUGGACACCAUCAACUUCCAACCUUUUUAAAGUGCAGGUACUAGGUCAGCAGGAUAAAUUUAUUGAUCUAGGAGAGGAGAAUGAGGCUAAUGAUGCCCACUCUAACAGUAUUAUGUUAUGCUUGAGGAAUCAUCAAAAAGUUCUUAGGAAUGAAAAUUCUUACCCUAUUCUUUUCACCCUUAUCCAGAUGGACUCACUUGCGGCUGCUAUUUUUUGUGUUUUCCUUCUCCAUCCAGUGUCUCAGCACAUUCCAGUAGAACUCCACGUUUACAUUGUCAUAAAUUUAUAGUGCACAGUACAUGUCACAAAAAAGGACAAGGAUUCUCCUGAUCUUGUUUCUCACUUUUUUCCAUGGCCCUUUUUCCAGAAUGUUUGGAUAACGUCUCACACAAGCAAGAGUUGAAUCUCAGACUUUUUGUCCUGUAAGCAACAUUUUGGGUUGGUUUAAAGGUAUCAAUAUGUAGUAUAUCAAUAUCUGAUAAUGAUUUAGGAAAGGUCACAAAAAAUACUGCAAAAUACAUGAGAUUCCAACAGCGGGUUAUCAGAUUUCAAAAAGGAGGACUUCUCAGAAUUUUGUCGAAACAAACAUGAGGUAAACAGCUGGGUUUGCUUGUUCAAGUUAUAAAAUAAUAUAGAAGCAGUGUGUGCAUGUGAGCUGCAGCAUGACUUAGCUGUGCAUUGCUGUAAACCUUUGAAACCUUUAACUGUUUUGCUGCUAGCUGUUGCUGGAAACUACAUUGAAAUAAAUGGAGAAGAUGGAUUUCUUGCAUGUAGUGAAAAUGUGGAUGUGAACACAAAACUUGGUUUGAUAUGAAGAGUUUAUGCUCCAUUUUUUUUCAACAGUGUUCCUUCCUGCAAGUUUCCAAAAGGAACAGGAUGAGAAAAAAAAAUCUUAGCUUAAACAAACCUAGCUGUAAUCUUAAAAGGACUAUAGGCCAUCUCCUGACCUAUGACAGACGGGAUAUGCUUCAAAAUAGAAAACCUAUGAAAUGUCUGAACUUAGGAAAUGUACCAUUUUAAGAAAAUAUUAGCUUAUUUUAAAUUUAAUAUAAGCAACACAUCUCAAAAGAUUUGGGUGGGGACAACGAAAGGCUAAAAAUGUAAGUGGUACUAAAAAGUAAUAGCUUGACAAACUAGCCACAGGUCUGCAACAUGACUUUUAAAAAAUAUAAAAUAUAAAUAAUAUAAAAAAUAAAGCAAUGUUGGGAAGAGGUUCACCAGUCUGCAAAAACACUAUGACUACAAAUUGAUGAUUUCAUGGAAACCUUUUGUUGCAGGACAUACAAUGACUUGAAAUACAGUAUCUUGUCAUCUACAGUACAUAAUAACAUCAGAAGAGUCUAGAAAUCUCGAGAAAUCUCUGUAUACAAGGAACAAGACCAAAAAUCUAUAUUGAAUGCUUGUGAUAUUCAGGCCUAUAAAAACCAAACAAAAACUGAUUCUGUAAUGGAAAACUGAUAGGGGUUCGGGAGUGCUUUCAGAAAUGAUUGUCUGUGAAGACCGUCUGUUGUGCAGAUUAAAAUGUUGUCAUAUAAAGAAGCCCCCAUAUAUGAGCAUCAUCUUCUGGACCAAAUUCAUUUAAAAUGGACUAAAUAGACUGACAAACCAGAAAACCAUUCUGUAGUCAGACAAAUCAAAAUCUGAAAUUCUUUUUGAAAAACAUGGAGAAUGCAUCCUCCAGACCAAAGAGGAGAUGGAUCAUACAGAUUGUUAUCAGCACACAUGUCAAAAGCAUGCAUGUCUGAUAGCAUGGAGGUAUAUUAGCACCUGUGGAAUUGAUAGGUUCCACAUCUGGAAAGGCAUCAUCAAUUGCAAAAGGUAUAUAAAGGCAGUGUUGGGGAGUAACGGAAUACAUGUACUGGCGUUACUUAAUUAAAAUACAAAAUAUGAGUAACUGUA